UUUGCAGUUAAAUAUGUUGAAACUUCUAUCAAUUCCAUUUGUCAAAGAGAAUAUGAAAAGUCAGCUUAAGAAACCAGAGAAGGGAUUUGGCGGUUUCUUUACGAGAAAAUAUCUCUUGAAAAAUAAUAAAUCGCUUGAAGAAGUAACCGCUCGAGCAAUAAAACCAAAUGCUGAUGAAAAUAUACUUGAAAUUGGAUUCGGCCUUGGAGACGGGCUGCAGUAUGUUUUACAAAACGCUUCGAAGAAUGGGAAUGGUUUGCUGUAUGGGGUCGAUCAUUCAGAAGCCAUAUGCAAAUGGGCGCAAAACCUGAUGUGUAAAGACAUAGCGAAUGGUAAGCUCAUAAUCCUGAAUGAAGAUGUUGCAAAAAUGUCGAUUACAAAUGAAACGAUAAACAAAGUGUUCCACGUUCAUUGCAGUCAUUUCUGGCCGGAAAUAGAUGUUGCAUUGAACGAAAUAAAACGAGUCAUAAAACCCGGUGGUUUGGUUGUGUCUGGAGCGGACCUAACUCUAAAGAAAUGGGGAGUUGAAAAAGGGCUAAUAGACGAAUGGAUGUAUGAUUCAACAGGGUACACUGACGCUCUACAGAGGACUGGAUUCGUGAACAUAAAUGAAGAGGACAUCUUCGAUCCUGGAUUGGAGCAUGAUUUUCGACUCAUUUUUGCCACAAAACCUGAUGAUAAAAUCACGAAACAGUAAAUAUAAUGAAACAACUUUCAUUGAUGCUUCUGGAAUGGCAUUGCAGACCAUUUUGCAGACCAAAAAGAUGCUUUUGAUGCUUCGUUUCUGUUUCAUUGAGGUGUUAUGAAAAAUGAUAUGUGAAAUAUUGUACUCUGAGAUAAUAGAAUAGACCA